AUGAUCCAUAAGGGGCUCGCACUGGCUCCUGGGAUGGGGACAGUCUUGGUUCUGGCUCUGGUCUGCUCCUGUGGCGCGAUCACUCUGGAGUCCCUUCACUGGAGCAGUUCCAACACCAAGUUUGUUCGUGGACUUGGUCUGACCCUCUACCCUCAAAUUGGGGACAAGAUGGACAUCGUAUGCCCCAGAUCAGAGCCAGGGGAGCAGGAGGAGUUUUACCGGGUCUACCUGGUGUCCCGCAGGCAGAUGGAGAAAUGUAUAAUUGAGAAGAAUGACACUCCUUUAUUGAACUGUGAUAAACCGCACAAAGACGUCAAGUUCACCUUCAAGUUUCAGGAGUUCAGCCCAAACCUCUGGGGCCUGGAGUUUCUCAAAGGGAAGGACUACUACAUCACAUCCACCUCCACAGGUUCUCUACAAGGACUGGACAACAUCAAUGGGGGAGUGUGCCGGACCCAGUCAAUGAAGUUGGUGCUCAGAGUUGGUCAGAAUUCUUCAGACUCACUGUCCACACUUCAGGAGUCUCCCACCAGAUUCCCUCCCACGCAACCAAAGUCCAAGGCCAAGGAGCCAGACCCCCGCAAGGACAAGGACUUUGCCUCAGAAGCAGGACAAACCAGCCCCAGUGGCGCUGAUGGCCUUGAUCCAGACCUGAUUGUGUGGCUGGUCUCUGGCGGGGUGCUCCUCCUUCUGGUGAUCUUCAUCGUUUUGUUUGUGAUUGUGUGGAGAAGGCGACGUGGUCACUGCGUCCCAAACAGAGCUCAGUCCGCUUCUGUCUCUCUCAACACUUUGACUGUGCCCAAACGGGACAGUAUCAGCAGUGACAUGGGGUCAGACCGCAGUGAUGUGGUCUUCCCUCUCAGGGCGUCCGACAGCAUGAUUUGUCGACAUUUUGAGCGCCUGAGCAGCGACUAUGGCCCACCGGUCUACAUCGUCCAAGAGAUUGCCCCACAAACUCCCACUAAUAUUUACUACAAAGUCUGA